AUGAAGCGACGUAGAAUUCAGCAAACUGAAGCGAUAUCUAUUGAGCCACAUUCCCCUGUAUAUAACCGCAUCGUGAUUGGAUAUUUCCAAGAAGCAUUGUUCAAUCUACCACACGAAACACUCUUUAAGAACGCGAAUACCGCAAGGCGCAAAUACGAAAAUCGUAAGGAACUCGAUGAUGCUAUUAAAAAAGCCAAAAGAUUUCCUGUACCGAGUAAUAAUAUUACUUUUGAUACAACUGCUACUUCAGAAAAUAGCGAUCCUUUACGUCCCACAGCCAAUAGCAAAAGAUCUGAAAAGCAAAGCAGGAAAUCAACAGAGUUAGCUAGUGCAGUAGAAAGUGGAGAUGAGGAAGUAAAGGAAAAAAAAGCUAGAAAGAGUGCUAAGAACUUUAAAAAGACAGCAGCCAAAGAAAGGAAUGAAAAUAUUUUAGAUAAAUAUAUUCAAUCUCAGCAGCACAUAGAACCACAAUCCGGUAUUGUAGAGUCCUAUAGUGAUACGAGUUCAUUUAGAAUAAAUCCUGCAUCUACUUCUACACCACUGCGCCAACAUAAUCUUCCAAACUAUGGACAAAACAUAGAAACGCAGUCUGUUAUUUCUGCUUACAAGCAGCAACUAGACUUUUACAAAAACAGAUGCACGGCUGCUGAGAAAGAAGUAAGGCAAUUGAGAGAAAAGUGCAACAAAUUAGAAAAACAAGUUACAGAAAAGGGUGCUGCUAAUUCAAGUACUUCUCAAGCAGAUGAUACGCUAGCAGAAUUCGAUCAGAUAUUUUUGUCGAAUGAAGAAACUGAGAGCCCAUCGCUAAUGAAAUUGCAAAAAGGAGUCAUUUGUAACUCUGCAGCCUAUAAAGAAGCAAUGAAAAGUGACAAAAUAAGUAAAUUCUUUUCUGCUAUGUGUGUAGGUAUAUAUGGAAAAGAAGACUUUGCCACUCGAUGUGUUGCAAGACGCAAAGAUAAUAUGGACCAGAGGCAGCUUAGCCCUACCAAAACAGAGGCAAUAGAUGCAGAAUUCUACAAAUGGAUGAAGAUUCAUAAAUUUACAUCACUGCAAAUAAGACAGAAUUUAGCAAAAUGUAACACAUAUUAUCAUAAUGCUAUUACAGCUAUUAGGAGAAGUAAAGAUCCAGAAGACAGAUCAAGUAAAACUACUCCUUCUAGAAAAUCUUCAUCUAAGGAAACAGAAAAAAAUUCAAUUGAAUUUCCUUCUUCACAAUCUGAACAAGCCUCUAGAUCAGAUUUAGAAAGCGACGAGCCUCGAGUCGAGAAUAACGAAAGAGAUCUCCUCGCUCAGAACACAGACAGAUCAAAAUCAUCGUCUCCAUCAGAAGAAUCAGAUUAAUUGUCUGAAAUCGUUCAGUUCCUUAUAAAAUAUAAAAAGUUGUUCAUUUAAAUAAAUAAUUUUAUUUUAUAAUAGUAAUGUGAGGCUAGUGAGCAAUAUUAUAAUUUAAACUUACUAUAUUCAUAUAAAAUUACAUAAAAUGUAAACGAAGCUUUAAUGUAAUGUAAGAAUACCAAUAAAAGUACUUUAUUUUGUAAAAAAAAUUUAUAUUUUUAUGCAAAGUAGUGUAAAAAAAGAUUUUAAUUGUUCCUAAAAAUGUUCCUAUGUGAAAUGUGAUAUAAUAUGUACGUUUGUGGGGAAGUGUGCAAUAUUGUGCAUACGUGUUACAAGAAUAAUGUAUGUGAAAUGUGGGAUAAUGUGAACGAUUGUGAGGAAAUGUGUAAAACUGUGCCUAAGUGUUACAACAAAAAAGCACUUUUUUGUUGUUGAAAUUAUGAAUGUGUAAAAAUGUUAAAUAAUGUGAAAAAAUGUAAAAAAUGAUGACAAUGUUCUCGUUAGCGAUGUUCCAAAUGUUGAUAUAAAAUUUUGAUUUUUCACACGCUUUCACUUUCUUUCACACUUGUUCGCAAAUUUUCACAGUUUUUCACAUUUAUCAUUUCCACUAGGG